AUGUUCAUAUCAUUGGAACAACCCUUACUGACUAAAAAAUAACCUGAAACCAGGAGAAUAAGUAAGAAUGUGCAGAUGCAAACUUUUAACUACACUCAAUAGGAUGAAAAUGUAUAAUAACUUGAAGAUGUCCCAAUUACAACAAAGAAAUUCUUACGCUAUACGAAUGGGAUUGAAGCUUAUUUAAACACGUUUCCCUCUUUUAAUCCUGAUCAUUGGGCAAUAUUUUCUUGGCGUUUAUUUAUUUGUUUCAUAGUGAUAAUUUAUUUCUACUUGAUACCUGUCUUUAUGUUUUUUGGAUAUGAAAUAAUUUCAGACAAUUUGCGUAUUGAGAACAUUGCUGUAUUUUUGUAUAUCAUGAUGUUUUUUUUGAUUUUCGAUAUCUUCAUUACUCUAAAUACAGGAUACUACGAUAAAGGAUAAAUGGUAUUGGACAAACAUAGCAUAUUUGUAAGGUAUGUUACUUAAGAAUUCCUGUUCGAUAUAAUAGCCAUUGUAUCAUUAAUUUUAUAAGUAUCAUUUCGAGAUCACUAUGCUUUUCUAAUCUGGGUACCAUAUUUCUUUUACUUUAAAUAUUAUUAUGUAACUUUGGUGGAUUCAUAGGUUGAAUAGUUAUUAUAAGUGCAAAGAAAACUCAGAGCAUUUUAUUAGAUACUGAAAUUAAUAUUGACAAUCUUCUUUUUAGUCAACUUAUUUGCUUGUUUGUUCUAUGCAGCAGGAGAUUAUUGGGUUAAUUAAAGACAAGAUUAUGGAUCUUGGCUUAUUUCAUCUGGAUUAUAAAAUGAUAUAUAUUCAUUACCAAUAGCAGUUAAAUAUGAAUAUUCAUUUUAUUGGGCUUUAACAACUAUGUUAACAGUUGGUUAUGGCGAUGUAACAGGCAAAAACCCAUUGGAAAUAUUUGUUUCCAUAAUAACAAUGAUCUUUGCAUGUGUCAUAUUCGCAAUGAUUGUGAGUGCUUUUUAGAAUGUCUUUUCAGAAAUUACUCAUCACAACAUGCAAUUUGACAAAAAGAUGACUGACAUAAAUAGAUUUAUGAAGGAUAAAAAUAUUGAUAUGGAAACACAAUAGAAAGUAAGGAGAUUCUUUAGCUUUAUGUUUAGUGAGAAAGUGCGAGAUUUCAAUGAACAGAUUUCAAUAAUUAAUCAAUUGGGACCUUAAUUAAAGGAUGAAGUAAUAAUGCAAUCUUAUGGUUUGAUUUUCAAAAGAACCUUUUGGACUAGUUAAUUUUCUUUAGACUUUCAAAAGAAAAUCGCGUAUCUCAUUAGUGAAUAGAUGUAUUGUGAUGGGGAGAUGGUAUUCAAAUAAAAUCUGUGCAGUUUAAAUGGGAAUAAUGAUGAUGAUUGCCUUUAUUGCGUUAGUAUCGGACAUAUUCAACUGUACCUAUAAUUUGAAGAUUAAGACAUGGUUUUCUAUGAAGCAGAGCAAGAUUCAAUGUUUGGAGAAUUGGGAUUCUUAACAGGGAAUUCAAGAAGUUUAUCAGCUAAGAGUACAACUAUUUCUUAGUUGUAUAAACUAAAUAGAUUGGAAUUUAUUUAGUUAUUAUAAUAAUUUCCACUUGAUUUUCAAUACUUUUGUUAACUCAGAGAUUAAAUCUUAUUUGGAUAGUAUAAUUUGAUAAACCUCAGUUGCUUUUGUUGUUAGUCAAGUAGCCACUUAGCUAACGAUUGUCCAAAGUCGCAUUAUUAUCCUAAUAAGAUAUUCUUAAUAAGUCGAAUUAUGAAUAAUCAAUAGGAGAGACAACCAUUUAAAAGAAAUAAUGUGCGCUAAGAUAAUUUAAAUUUAAGAAAGAUUUAAAAAGCUUAGUAAUAGAUGAAAUAGGAAUUGUCCAUUGCUUAUGAUUAGGAGGAAAUCGAUCAACUUAGCAAAUCAUUUAGUGUGGAUUUCAUGCAUGAUACUCAAAGUCAGAUCAGUGAAUAAGAUAUCAAUCAUGAAUUCGACAUUGUUAAUGAAAUUGUCAAUAGAUUAGAACAAAAGAAGAAGCAAGCUCUUAUUGAAAUAGACACAAAAUGUUCCUACAAGAAUUACUAUCCAAAAUACAAUGCAGAAUACAUUAUCCAGCAUUUUAAAAAGGAUAGAAGAUUCACCAGAACAUUUACUAGAUUUAUUUGA